UUUUCCUUCCCCCUUCCCGCUGGCCCCGGCGGAACGUCCCCGGCCGGAGGCGCUGCGGGCUCCUGUGCUCGCCCCUCACGCCGCCCCGGCGCCGCGGGAUGGCGGCGGGCGAGGAGCAGAGCCGCGAGUACCUGCGGCGGCACCGGCUGCCCGAGCUGCUGCACCGCCUCGGAGCCAUGCUGCUCUUCCACCGCCCCGAGCGGCCACGCGAGUUCCUGAUCCAGGUGCUGGAGCGGGUCAAGGCUGCGAGGCGAGCCGAGGGCGAGUACCCGUGCCUCAUGGACGAGGCCAACGUGGAGGCCAUGUUCAGCCUGCUGGACGUGCUGGGCCAGGGCUGCAUCAGGCCCGCGCAGUACCGGGAAGCCCUUAAAACUUUGGGACUGAGCACUGAGGAUUUGGAGCUAGAAGAUGAUGUGGAGAUUACACUGGAGGUAUUCAAGGAAGGAAUGGGUGGUAGCACAGCUGCAGAUGAAACAGGUUCAGAGUUCAAAUAAUUCCUCAUAGUCAAGAAAGAAAAAGAUGCUGGAGAGCUGGUCUGUGUAUUAGUUUGAGCACUGGUCUGCUAUUUAUAUUAAAAACAGGCAUCUUCCCCAAUUUUUCUUCUGGUUUGUCAGCUGUGAAGAGUCGAUUUUAAGCAAUAUUCUCUUUUCUCUUUUUCUCAUCUUCCCUGCCCUUCAGUGGAGCAAUCAGCUGAAAAGGACAAGUGAUAAGAACGUGUUCAUGUCCAGCAGGCACUGGAGGGAAUAGAGUUAAGAAUUGUUGUCCUUAAUAUAAUUAGAUGGUAAAAAAAAAAAAGAGUAGAGAUCUCUUUUGCAACUAAAAUAGUAUUUUGGAGUUUUCUCCUUCAGGUUAUAGUUUACAGUAAAUGAUUGUUACCUGUUGGCUCAUUAGCACUGAAUAAAAUUAAGUUGGUUUGGGCU